GGUGACUACUUUGGCGAAAGGGAAAUGAAGAGACGAGUCAGAAGAAGCAAUGCUAGCCUUUCUAGUUGAAUUCUCUAUCCAGUUUGGUUGUAUAUUUCUGGAAAUAAAUGGUAAAUGCCUUUUAAGGACUUGGGUUCUAUUUGCAACAAAUUGCAAGGUAUGACAUUUGUGAAUACUUGUACAGAGUUUUUUAUGUAUCAGAAUCAAGAAAAGAGCUUAAACGUGAAAGAUAUUGAAGCAUCCUUAUUGAUUACGUUUAAAUCUUUGUAUCAUACCCUAGAAUAUCUAUGGUCUAAAAGGAGUGACAGGCUGUGAUAGUAUCCUCCCGAGCAUUGACAAAGGGGGAUUAAAUAAGUUGAUUUCUCUUGUGCUUGAAGAUUGUGAAGAUGUGAAAUGCAUCAUAGAUACAACACAGUUGCAUGUUCCAGCCCCUGCCUUCUCUGAUUUGGUGAAAUUAUCUCUUAGAAGGUUAAAUCUUCUUAGAGAAAUAUGUUGCGGUCCAUAUGAAAAGCUUCAGAGUUUAUCUCUUGAAAAUUUGGAAACUGUGGAUCUAGCAGAAUGCCCUGGUAUGUGCAGCUUAUUUCCAGCAAUGUUGCUACAGAGACUAUAUAAACUGAAACAAGUGACAAUCCAAUCUUGCGACAAGUUGGAAGAAAUAUUUCAACUUGAUGGGUCUGUCAUAGUGGGGAAGAAAAUCUUGCUAUGCUUUCAAGUUUAGCAAAGUUACACUUGGCAAAGUUACCACAACUGAGAUGUAUAUGGAAAGGGCCAACCCAUAUUAUAAACUUGCAAAGUCUUACAAAUGUUAAAGUGAGUGAGUGUAAAAGUUUGAUUUAUCUCUUCACUUUGUCAGUUGCUCAGAGUUUGGUCCAACUGAAAUCACUCAAAGUAAGUGAUUGCGAGAGUUUGAAACAUUUGAUAGUGACAGAAGAAGGUGAUAAUGACAAGGAGGAGGAAAUAUUACUAGAAUCUCAUCAUGCAGUUGUUGUGCUCCCAAAUUUGGCGAAGUUAAGCAUUGGAAAAUUACCGCAACUGAGGUGUAUAUGGAAUGGACCCUCUUAUCAUUUAAACCUCCCAAGUCUCAUAGAUGUUAAAGUGGGAGAGUGCAAAAGUUUGAUUUAUCUCUUCACUUUGUCAGUUGCUCAGAGUUUGAUCCAACUGAAAUCACUCGAAGUAAGUGAUUGUGAGAGUUUGAAACAUUUUAUAAUGACAGAAGAAGGUGAUAAUGACAAGGAGGAGGAAAUAUUACCAGAAUCUCAUCAUGCAACUGUUGUGCUCCCAAAUUUGGCAAAGUUAAGCAUUAAAAAAUUACCGCAACUGAGGUGUAUAUGGAAUGGACCCUCUUAUCAUUUAAACCUCCCAAGUCUCACAGAUGUUGAAGUGAGAGAAUGCAAAAGCUUAACUUAUCUCUUCACUUUGUCAUAUGUUUGGAGUCUGGUGCGGUUGAAAUCACUCAAUAUAUAUGGUUGUGAGAGUUUAGAGCAUCUGGUUAUAACAGAAGAGGGUGAUAGUGACGAAAUAUCAUCAGAACACGAUCUUCAAAUCCACAGUCCUUUCUUGUCAAAACUAGAAUCUCUCAAGAUAAAUUCAUGUGAGAGAUUGGAACAUAUAUUUCCUAUCUCUUUUGCACGAGUUCUUGUACAACUUGAAAGGUUUAAAGUAAAAAAUGCCCCUCAGUUAAAGCAAGUCUUUUAUUUGGAUAAUGGAAAUGAAGAAAAUGUAGUUGCCGGAGAUGGAAAGGAAACUGUAGUCAUCAAGCUCCCUAAGUUGAAAGUACUAAGACUGGAUGGACUUGCAAGCAUGAUUAGUUUCUGCCCAGAAAAUUUUCAUUCAAGUUGGCCAGCUUUGGAAGAUUUCACAAUAGACAAGUGCUCGAUGUCUUUCGUUACUGAAGUUGUAUCUAAAGUACGAGAUCUACAAGAGAAUUUGCGAAUUCUAAGGAUUGGCAGUUCGAAUCAGUUGUACGACACACUUCUUUCUGGACUGAAAGAUGGCUUCUUCAAAAAUUUGGAAGAAUUAAGUAUCAACAGAUGUGGAGUAAAAGUGUUAUUUCCGUUGGAAGACGGAGAGCAACAUUUAUUCUCACUCCCUAAUUUGAAAACAUUGGAGUUGGGAUAUUUGCCAGAACUAGAAGGUUUAUGUAGUAAGAGUCCUACGCUUGUUUUAAGCCUGGAGAAUCUUACAACUUUAGAUCUAUGGCACUGCGAUAGGCUGAGAAAUAUCUUCUCACCUUCUCUUGCUCAAAAUCUAUCCCAGUUGCAAAGGCUAUCUAUCUAUGAAUGUGAGGAAUUGGAGGAAAUCAUUGUUGAAGAAGAUGAAGAGAAUCAAAUUCUAUUCUUCCAAAAUCUCUUAGAAAUUGAUGUUGUAAGAUGCCCUAAAAUAAGACGUUUGUUUGCUAUCACGGUAGCUCCGUGUCUUCAAAAACUGGAAAGGAUACAUGUAUAUGAGAACUCUGAAUUAGAAGAAGUAUUUGGAGAUAAAGAUGUUGCUGACGUCAUGGAUCACAAAGAAAUCAUGCUGCCUCAGCUUGAUUGGUUGUGUCUCCCCCAAUUACCAAGUCUCAGCAAGUUGUGCCCAGUGGGUUAUCACUUCAUAUUUCCAUCUUUGAGUCGUCUAUUGGUAAUUAACGGAUGUCCCAAGAUGAGUACAAGAUUUUCCGUGGGUGAAGACAGAUGUGUGCAUGCCAAAGCAAAGCCAUUGAAAAUGGGCAACCAAGAUAAAAUUGCAGACUUCCCUUCAGAGCCUUCCAUCGAUAUCAAGUGCUUCGGUUUUGACCAAAUAAAACAAAGUUUACCGCCAUACAUAGAAAAUGAUGACCAAAGUAUCAAGCAGAAGGAGGAAGAAAUUAACACUGAAACUUGAAACCUGCUCAUGAUUUCUAACCAGUCCACCAAGCAGAAUCACCGACUUUGUAAACAGCACCAAGAGAGACUCCGAAAAUGAUGAGCAAAGUAUCAACCAGGAGGAGGAAGAAAUUAACACUGAAACUUGAAACAUGCUCAUGAUUGCUAACCAGUAUUCAAUUACAACAAUCAAUUUCACAAUGUAAAGAAAGUGAAGCAUCCAGAUUUUCUGUCUUGCAAUGCAACAUCUCCCUUGGCUACCUAAAUUACUGGCUUUGACUCUAUUGUCCUAAACAAUCUAGGCCACCACUUUUUUUUGUGUGGCAUUCCUGAUCAUCGUGAAGUGGGACAGAAGGUUGACAUCAUGGUGACUCCAGCUUCUCUGCGACCAAGUGCCAGUUCUAGUUAUCCUUCAUCGCCUUCAGCAUCCUCCCCAUUACCGCACCCAGUCCUGCUUUCAACACUGCUUCAACUCUCCAAUGUUUUAAGCUUUUGCAGGCUUUGGUUUGCCUUGCCAUUUGUUGCAGCACUUUUUCACAUUUUACUGAAACUGCAGUUUUUGUGUCUUUUGGGAUUAUUCUCUUAAUAACUUGUGCUAUUUUGUUCUUGUUUUUGCUGAGAUUGUUGGUGUUGGAUUUAUGAAGUUUAUGAUGUUUGUAUGACUCUAGUUUGCACUAGAGAAGACUUUGUAUUCCAUUUAUUUUGGUGAUAGUAAAAGACUUUAAUCGGA